CCUAAAUAAUGACCUGUCUGAAAUCUAGGUCUUCAUUGAGAAUAAGCAUUACACGUCACUAGCAAUUGCGUGUUCGGUUCUUUGCUAGUUCGGGUUUGGCUAUCAAGCUACUUGCAGACGACUGAAGACCUUGUGCGACGGGAUUGACUUUGACUUAUCAGGGAUGGCUGGGUUCUUCGACCCCAUCACGGUGACGGUUUUCCUUGUCGUUUUAGUGGUUACCUGGAUUUUCUACCCUCGUAAGAAAUACAAUCUACCGCCUGGACCUUUCAGUUUGCCGAUCAUUGGAUGUGCUAUAGCGUUUAUGCGUUCCAAGCAUGGGCAGAGAUACUUUGAACUCUUCCAUGAGUGGGGUCAGAAGUAUGGCAGCCUGGUCAGGGUCAAUACAGUAAUGGGGGAGAUGGUCGUGAUAAACGAGAUAAAUGAGGCGAUGGAGGCACUGGUUACCAAGUCGACAGAAACCGCUGGAAGGAUGUCUCUCUACAGCACUGAUAAAAUGACGUUCGGGGGAAAGGACAUUGCGCUAGCAGACUACUCAGAUCGCGUCAAAUACCAAAGACGAAUCGCUGGUGCUGCUCUAAGGAAUCUUUUCUCGGGAGGACGCCUCGAGACCAUGGCUCACGCCAGCAUUGAGAAUGGUAUCCGAAUCUUCGAAGAGAAAGCCAGGAAUAAAGAGGCAUUUGAUCCAAGGGAGAUUCUUAAUUUGCAUGUUUACAACAUCAUAUGUGCCAUGUGCUUCGAUACGAAUUUCGAGCUGGAGGACGAAGAAUUCCAAGUUCUCUUCCAAGCCAAUACGGAAUUUGCAGAACUCUUUGGCGGUGGAAUGAUGUUGGUCGAUUACUUCCCACCAGCGAGAUAUUUUCCCCCGACAUCUGGCUUCAAAAGGAUAGAAAAAAUCGCUGAUAUACUAAAUGGCUACACCCUCAAGCAAGUUCAAGAGCACAAGGAGAAGUUUGACCCAGACAACCUGAAGGAUUUCAUUGACCACAUGUUGAAAGUGGAGAAGGACACAGAAGAGGAGGAGGAAACCGGCAGGAAGGUCGUAUUGGAUGACCAACAUUACCAGCAGACAAUAUUAGACAUCUUCAGUGCUGGCACUGAGACGACAUCGGCAACAUUACUCUUCAUCGUAUUACUGCUGACCGAAUAUCAGGAGAUCCAGGCCAAGGUUCAACAGGAGAUAGAAGAUGUUGUUGGUUCCUCGCGUCUUCCCAGGGCCGCUGACAAGGCCAAGAUGCCGUACUGUGAGGCUGUGAUGUACGAAGCAAUGAGAUUUGGGACCAUCGUCCCCCUUGGGGUGCCCCAUAAAGCCAUGUGCGACGUUACCAUAGGAGACUACGAAAUCCCAAAAGACACUGUUGUGGUGAUAAACCAUCAUGCACUUCACAGAGACCCAAAGCAGUGGAAAAACCCAGAUGACUUUGACCCUAACAACUUCCUGGACCAAGACGGGAAACUUCUCCCUAAGCCCCGGAGUUUCCUACCAUUCGGGGCGGGUAAGAGAGUAUGUUUAGGCGAGGCUAUCGCAAAGCCAGAGAUCUUCAUGAUUUACACGGCCAUGUUCCAGAAGUUUAACUUCAGGUUUGAAGAGGGCCACAAGAGUGACUUGACCUUUCAAGACCUCUCGGCUCAAGUCUUGCCACAGCCUUAUAAAGUUCUGUUGGAAUGUCGACAAUAAAGGAAUAACUUCUUUCCUCAGCUAGAAUCACAAGAAAUGCUUGUAACAUGAACCGUUUGUUAACGCUUGCGACAACAGCAUCGUAAAAUACCUAUGCUUUCAACGCGUGCGUUACAGGACGGGUAACAAAGCGAUGUUCAGGCAUUCGUACAAAAGGUUUUUAUGGUUGUAUCUCAGUUGUAGUUCAUAUUAUGUAAAUCAACAAACGUGUACUCUGUCGAAUAAUCAAGAUCAAUCUUAAUUGUGACAGCGAAGAUUUUAGUGGAUCGGUAUAGGCGUGGUAGCUGACUUUUUUGACGGUGUUGUAUUAUGUAUUUGUACAAACAAGUAGAUAGUUGUAUUUUAGUUGUAGUUCAUAUUAUGUAAAUCAACAAACGUGUACUCUGUCGAGUGAUCAAGAUCAAUCUUAAUUGUGAUAGCAAACAUUUUUCGUCGAUCGUUUUUUAUAACAGGGUGUAUUAAUAAAAAGCCGUACAA